CGUCCCUACUCUUCAUCUGACCAGGUUCAUGGCAAUCCUUUCGCUCAUCACACAAGUGGUGCCUUCGAUCACCUCAGUGUUCCUUUACGGAACUCUCAGUUUGGUGGUUGUAUUUAGUAUUCAUAUUUUGUCUCAGUUGGUCGUCCCAAGAGACCCUAAUCAACCAAAACUUGUUUUCUCGUGGGUUCCUUUCCUCGGAAAUGGUGUUGAGUUUGGCAUGAACCCUAUUGGUUUCAUCCAAAAGUGCCAAAAGCUAUAUGGUGAUGUCUUCACUUUCAAGCUUGUUGGCAAGAGUGUUACCGUGUGUCUGGGUGCCGAUGGCAACCAAUUUGUCUUUAACAACAAACAGAACUUAUCUUCUGCUGCUGAAGCUUACAAUGACAUGACCAAGCACGUAUUUGGCUUUGACGUUGUAUAUGAUGCUCCUCACAGUGUGUUUAUGGAACAAAAGAGAUUUAUCAAAGCAGGUUUGACUCUCGAGAGUUUCCGUGCACAUGUCCCCCUAAUUGUCAAGGAAACCACUGAAUUCUUCAAGGACUUCAAGAAGCCUACUGGUUAUAUGGAUGCUUACAGCACCUUCAGCAAGCUUAUUAUCUGUACUGCCUCCCGCUGUCUGAUGGGCAAGGAAAUUCGUUCUGCUCUUCACGAAGGUGUUGCUGAUCUUUAUUAUGAUCUCGAUCAGGGUUUCCAGCCCAUCAACUUCAUGUUUCCCAACCUCCCUCUUCCAUCUUACCGUAGACGUGAUGUUGCUCGUGAGAAGAUGGCCGAGCUUUACUCCAAGAUUAUUCGUAGAAGAAAGGAAGAAAAUGAUACCUCAAACAACGACCUCUUGCAAGCUCUUAUCGAAUCCACCUACAAGGAUGGAACCCCUAUUCCCGAUCACCAUAUUGCUGGUAUGAUGAUUGCUGUUCUCUUUGGUGGACAGCACACCUCUGCCACUACAUCUGCAUGGACUACGUUGGAACUUGCCAACCGACCUGAUCUUGUACAGGCUCUUCGUGAAGAGCAAAUUGCUAAACUUGGCUCACUCAAGGCUGAUUUGACUUUUGAAAACCUCAAAGAGCUUACUCUUAUGGAAGCCUGUAUCAAAGAAACUCUCCGCCUUCACCCUCCAAUUUUCCAAAUGAUGCGCAAGGUUAUUGCUGACAAGGUUGUGUUCGAGAAGACUGGUCAUGAAAUUCCCAAGAAUGAUUUCCUGUGCGCUGUUCCUGGUGCCACUCAAGUUGAUGAACAAUAUUUCAACGAACCUUUGACCUACAAUCCCUACCGCUGGAUCGAGAAGUCCGACCCCGUUCACCAAAUGGAGGUUGGCGAGGACGCUAAUGCCGAUUACGGCUUUGGUAUUGUCGGUAUCUCUUCCCGUAGUCCCUUCCUUCCUUUUGGUGCCGGUCGUCAUCGUUGCAUCGGUGAACAGUUUGGCUAUCUUCAACUUAAGGCUGUCAUGGCUACUGUUAUCCGCCUCUAUGAUCUUUCACUCGAAGAGGGUAAGGGUGUCCCAGAAUCAGAUUACACUUCCAUGGUGGUUGUUCCCAAACAUCCUGCCAAUGUAGUUUAUACUUGCAGAGAGUAAGCCUUGAAUAUAUAUAUACUCAUACUUGUCUUCUCUUAUUAAUCACUUAAUAUUUUUCUUUUAUCUUUUACUCGUAAUUCAUUUUAAUCUAUUAUUAUUAUUAUCAUUAUUAUUAUUUGUUUCUUGCUAUUUUUUUAAUGUAAUAAAUAAAAAAUAUAAUAAAAGAAAAUAAUAAAA